CUGAGUCUGUUUUCGUCUGCCUGGCAGCGCGGUUCUGAAACGCGUAACGCUCGCGAUCGUCUUGUCUCGAAAAAGCCAAUUUCCAACUCGGGACUCCACUGCACUCGGUUUCGUAUCGAUUCGGAUCGGAUCGCGGAGCGCUCCCUGCCGCAACCUGUUGCAACUGUUUUGGAAUCGCUCUUUUCGAGCCGCUUGUGCAACAUUGCGUGCCGCCUUAAAAGCGCGUAAAGAGUAUACAGUACAGUACGUAUCGAAAGUGGCCACUCGAUACAAAGGAAGCCCCGAGACUGGCAGCUUUGGUACAUCCCUUCGCGUGGCGGAUUAUCGGGCCCUGCAAUUAGCCAAACAUUUGUCGAAAGCCGCACCGCAUCCAAUCCGUGGGCGUGGGAUCUGUUUCUGUGCAGCCAGCAAAUCGAUAAUUAGGAACCUCACCUGGCCAAGAUGGAUGAUCCCAAAAUAAUGAACAUCAUGAACGGCAUGAAGACGCUGGAAGAUCAUUGUCAGCUCAUAAACGACGUGAAGGACGAGUCGCCCAUGCAAAUGUUCUAUAAGGACAAGGGCGUCUUCCUCACUGGCGGCACAGGAUUCUUCGGCAAAAUUAUCAUCGAGAAAUUGUUGCGCGUCACGGAGGUGGGACAAAUCUAUUUGCUGAUACGCACCAAGAAGGGCAAGGAUGCGUUCGCCCGCAUCGAGGAUCUGUUUAAUGACCCGGUCUUCGCCAAGAUGAAGCAGGUUAACCCCAAGUACCGCUGCCAGAUCAGCAUCAUCAGCGGGGACUGCUCGCUUCCUGGACUGGGAAUCUCCGCCGACGAGCGCGAGACCAUCCUGGAGAACGUCAACAUCGUCCUGCACAGCGCAGCCACAGUUCGCUUCGACGAGAAGCUCAAAAUGGCCAUCGCCAUCAACGUGCACGGCACCAAGGAAAUCAUCAAGCUGGCCAAAGAGAUUGUCAACCUGAAGGCCCUGGUCCACGUCUCCACAGCAUUUGCGCACUGCAACAUGCGCCACAUCCAGGAGAAGUUCUACAGCGGCACGAUGUCCGGCGAGAACGCCUUCAAGCUGAGCGAGUGCCUCGACGAGCACACCCUGAACACUCUGACCCCAACCAUCAUCAAGGGCUAUCCAAACACGUACACCUUCACCAAAGUCCUGGCCGAGAACGUUGUGCAGCAGAGCGCCCAGAACCUGCCAGUCACCAUCUUCAGACCGGGCAUUGUGAUUACCACAUACCGCGAACCGGUGACUGGCUGGAUUGACAACAUGUACGGUCCUUGUGGCGUAAUUGUGGGAAUCGGAUCCGGAGUUCUUCGAGUCUUCACCGGCGACAUGGACAAUAUGGCACACAUCGUUCCGGUGGAUAUGUGCGUGAAUGCACUUCUGGCCAGUGCAUGGGACAUAGCCCGGAAUAAAUAUGAAACGCCUCCGAUCUACAACUAUGUUCCGGAUAAGGAGAACAUGGUCACCUGGAGGCGCUACAUGGAGGAUGGCUUCGAGUACGGCUGUGACAUACCGAUGCGGAAGUCCAUCUGGUAUCCGCGAUUCACCAUCGUGCCGCACAUGUGGCAGUACCACAUCCUGUGCUUCCUGUACCACACAUUGCCCGCUCUGGUCAUGGACGCCAUCAUGGUGAUAAUUGGCAAGAAGCCCAGAAUGAUGAAGAUCUACCGCAAGAUCCACAAGCUCAGCAACGUCCUCAAGUACUUCAGUUCGAACGAAUUCCGCUUUGACAAUGACAAUGUAAGGAAACUCACAGAAAAGCUGGACGAUCGGGACAAAAGGCUUUUCGCCUUCGAUAUGCGCGAUCUUGACUGGACAAAUCUGUUUAGGGUCAGUCUCUACGGACUGCGGUUGUAUGUGGUCAAGGAUGAUCCCAGCAACAUUCCAGAGUCCAUCAAGCGCUACGAAAGAUUGAAGGUGCUGCAUUAUACGACACUGGCUGUUUUCUACGCGUUAGCCGGCUGGGCGCUUUAUGCCCUCGUCAAGCUCUUCUUAUAGGACCCAAUUAUUCUGUCUUUCGUAUUCAUUUAGGGCACAUCUUCUACUCCUCAAUCUUUCGGCGAAAACUCUAACACUUCCGUUUCCGCGUUAGUUCUUAGAUAUAGUUGUAUGUAUCGUAUAUAUCGUUUGUAUGUUUGUACAAUACCCAUAUGCCCAUAGUCAUAUGCUUGAAACGCUUUAUCCGAAUCUUGUAUAGCUUAGUUCGUAUGUCUGUUAAUGUAAAUCUGCUAAAGUUGAAGGCGUAAUGUGGAUGUAGAUGAUCGAUUACGAGUACAAUAAAACUGCUUCACAUUUUGUUUGGGAAA